AUGGUCAGCCGUGAGCCCGUGCCCGGCCCGGCCCCCGCCGGCGAGGGCAGCCAGGAGAAAGCCAUGACGGUGCGCUCGGUGCUGCUCAACCGCGACUCGCCCGACAUCGAGAGCCGCCUCAAGCGCCGGCGCAACCGCACGCAGCAGGUCCGCUUCAAGGACCUGGUGGAGGCCGGCGCGGGGCGGGCGGCCAGCCCCCCGCCCGGGCCCGCCGCCGGCCCCGGCCACAACACCGCACGUGCCUCGCCGCCCCCCAGGGACCCCCCUGAGCCGGCGGCUCUCCGUGCCUCCCGGCGCAGCUGGCCCCAGGCGCAGCCGGGCUCGCUGACGCUGCCCAUGCCCAGGAAGGCGUGCAUGAGCACCGCCAUCCAGACCUCGCCCAGCCUCCAGAAACCCUUCCCGGCCCCCCAGCCCCGCAGCAAGAGCGUCUGCGAUGUGGCGGAGGAUGCGCUACUGUCCGCCCUGGCGAGCGCCCGGUGCCCGGGAGCGGCCGUGCCCCCGCGGACCCCCGGCAGCCUCCCCACCCACGACAGCCCCGCGGUCGUCGCCCAGCACGCCAAGGUGCGCCGCACACCACCGCCGCCACCACCCAGGGACCCCCCUCCCCCUUACCAGGGCACGGCCGGGUGCCCCGCUGCCCGCUGCGCCCCUCCGGUGCAAAGCUGCACCCCCGAGCCCUGCCCGCCACCCCCGGCCCGUGCCCAGCUCCGCGGGAGCCCUCGGGGCAACCACGGGGUCGCUCCCCGCCCGGCCUCCGUGCCCUGCGGCCAGCCCCGGUCGCCGGGCGAGCGGCGGGGGCUCGGCCGGAGCGGCUCGGAGCGGACCCUGCCGCCGAGCCAGCCCUCGCCGCACCGCCGGCAGCCCGUCCCCGCCACGGACACCCACGGCCUCCUCAGGGGGCAGCCACCUCAGGGCAACCCCCCGCGGGACCCCCCGCCACCCCAGCACCAGCUCUGCGCCGCGUUCUGGGGGGGGCCCUGCUGCUCCUCGCCAGCCCCCGUGCCACCAGCGCCGGGCACGCCGGACAGAACACCAGCCGCCCUCGGCACCCGCAGCCGCCUCCGCGCCGCCGGACCCGGGCACGGCCGGGCGGGAGCCGAGCGGCCCAAGGAGCCGCUGCCCACAGCCCCGCAGGGCCCCGGCGUGGGGACACGAGCGGCCGGGUGGGCAGCGGACACCCCCCGGCACGGACAGCCCCGCCGAGCCGCCGAGGAGCCGGACGAGCUGCACCGCGUCCAGGACCUUCUGCAGCUGGUGGUGGUGGCCAAGGGGCCGGUGGGAGCACCAGCGAGGGAUGAGGAUGCCCAGACAUCUCAGGGAGAGGGCCCCCGGGGGCCCGGGGAGCAGGGGGACCUGCAUUCCCAGCUGCAGUCCCUGGAAGGGGUGCUGGAGACCAGCCAGCAAACCAUCCGCGUGCUGCUGGACGUCAUCCAGGACCUGGAGAAGAAGGAGGCGCAGCGGGAUGGGCGACACUCGUACCGCACCGGGCAGGACAUCGCCAACUGCGGGACCUGCCGGGACUGCGCCUGCAUCAUCUACAGCGUGGAGCACGAUUUCCGACAGCAGGAAGGUCGUUUCCAGAGGGUGCUGAGCCACAUCCAGGGCGACACGGGGCCCAGCUCCCCCCCGGCGGCGCUGGGGGUGACAGGGACGGCGGCGGGGACCCCCUCACCGCCCACGCAGGAGCCGUCACCCGUGGGCAGGCUGCCGGCAAAGCUGGACGUGAAGAAAUCCCGGCGCAAAUGCUUCUGGUUCCUGUGAGCCCGGGGGCACCGUGCCAGCACUGACCCCCCCUGCCCACCUCUCCUCCCUGCCACCGUAGGGUUUGGGUAGCACCAGCUUUUCUAUUUUGAAGCAUUCAGUCGAACGCGGGGGAGCUCGGGGGUGGAAAAGGCGAGGGGAGCGGCGGUUGUAUUUAAGGAGAAUUCAAUAAAUUCCAAGGAGACGCUA